GCUUCUUCGCUCAUUUCUGUCAGGAGAGAGGAAUGCUGGACAUCCAGAGACAAGGGAGGCUGUGGUUCGCUGCUCCCCAGUCCCACACCUUGGGCCUCCCUUUGGAACACACAGAUGUCAGAAACUGAGCUGGAAAAGAUAAAAGUAAGAACAGCUGAGCAUUUUGAAAAUGAUAAAAAUAACAUUUCUUGGUUGAAAGAAGAUACACAACUCACAAAUGAAAAGCAUGCAGAUGAGAAACCCAUUAAUGCUAUCGUUAUAAAUUCAGUAUCUGAAUUCAAUAUCACAGAUGGACCAGCCAAGGAAAACCCCAAUGAGAAAAAACUGUCAGAAUCCAGCACAUCACUGUCCUCCCUUGAAGAAUGCCAAACGAAUUUUUCCUACCUCCAAACUGAUACUUCAGUUCAUCACAGAGACACUGAUGAGGAGUGUGCCUCCCUUAUCCUCGCCUGUCUGUUUUGCCAGUUUUGGGACUGUCUCCUGAUGCUUCCUGGCACGUGCGAAAUGGUGUGUACCAAGGUGUGUUGCCCUUCUCACCGGUAUCACCACACCUCGGAUGAAAACCACUCUCGGAAUGAUUGCAACUGCAACUGCGACAUGGACUGCAGCCUUUUUGAGUCUUGCCACGAGACCAGCGAGUGUCUGGAACUGGCCAUGGAGAUUUCAGAAAUCUGUUACCGCUAACAAGGUGAAGUAACCACGUUCCGGCAGUCCUUUUGGCCACGGUGGGAAAUUCCAUUACAGCAAGACUGAUUUCCACGUGCUGAAAUAUAAGGACUGUACACAUUUCUUGGAUGCUAUAGGCCAUUUUAUUCUGCACCUGUGUAGGAAAGCUAGUAUUGUCAACUUAAUGGUCUUAUUCCAAAUUUCACAACCGCAUGGCUCACUGAAAAAUAAGAUUCUUGAUCACAUGUGAUGAACAAAUCUUAAACACCUCUUAAAUGCCAUAGGUACAAGAUGUUUCUUGACUAUAAAAUAGCAUGUUAAGUCACUGUGUUAUUGCACUCAUCAGCUUGCAUCAUGGAUUCAACUUCAUUCACACAUUCAGGACAAAUUAGUGCAUUCUUUUAGAAUUGAUAUACAUUAGCUCAUCUUUCUAAUGGACUCAUGCAUAAACAUUAUGCAUUGUUGGUUAUUAUUAAUAAUGUAUUGUAUAACAUCAUUUUGUAAUUAAAAAUUUAUUUAUACAAUCUCUUAAAAUUCACUUAUAUGUACAGUUUAGGUAGGAAAGGGAAUUAAAUGAAUUAGAAACCAUGUUCCUGUAAUUACAACAGAUGUCUCUAAAGCAUCUCCAGUGAAUUUUGAAUAUGGUGUACUUGAAGAGAGUACUAUAAUUCUAGACCAUAUUGUUGUAUGUCUAUGACUAUGUCAUAAUAGGUUAUUCAUAUUCUUAAUUUGUUACAGAAAGGCUCCUAGUUAUUCUAAUAAGCAUAAAUGAGAAUUAUGUGCAAGUUUCAAAAAAAGACCUCAAUCAAUUCUUCACUUUCUUCAUUUUUAUUUGUCAGGUACAAUAAGCAACAGGAUACUAAACAGAUUUAGCUCAUUUUACCAAACUAUCAGUUGUAUUGACACCAGAAAGAAAUAUGCAUUGUAGGUCCUCAUUCAGCACCAAGCUUCUUAAUAUAGCAUGUGCUCCAGAAACCGUAUGUUUUUCUUUGUCUGAUAAUUAAAGUGAUCAAUAAUUAAGUACUUCUUUUACUUAUAAUUUCUUAAGAAAAAGAUGUGAUAUAGACUGGAAAGUGAUUUUCGACUCAAAUAAGUUAAAACAAUUUGUGGUGAAAACACAUCCAGGUUAAAGUUACUUUGGAAUCUACUUUCUGUAGGAACAAUUCUAUAGUCCUUGGGCAAAAAUAUUGCCCAUUACUUUGUGCUAAACUUCCAUGAAUAUAUCUUAAUAUUUUCAUUGAAUAUAAAAAAGCAUCAUGUAUGAGUAAUCAAACAAAGAACACAAAAGUUAAAUGGAGAGUUGAGGCAAUUUGUGUGUGUGUGUGUGUGUCUGUGAUUUAGAGAAACAGCAACAAUAAAAAUCUCCAAAAUACCUGUUUUUUUCUGACUUAAGACAACUUCAGGCAGAAGCACCAUUUACUUUAUUUCUGUAGCAAACUAGCACAGCUUUCCAAUUUGAAAUAAAUUCUCCUAAACAUUGAAAACUAUUUAUCUUUUUAAAACAUUUGUAAACUGCCUCUAAAAAGGCAUUCAACAGCCUGUAAUCCCAGCACUUUGGGAGGCCGAGGCAGGUGGAUCACGAGGUCAAGAGAUCGAGACCAUCCUGGUCAACAUGGUGAAAUCCCGUCUCUACUAAUAGUACAAAAAAUUAGCUGGGCAUGGUGGCGCGUACCUGUAAUCCCAGCUACUCGGGAGGCUGAGGCAGGAGAAUUGCCUGAAUCCAGGAGGCGGAGGUUGCGGUGAGCCGAGAUCGCGCCAUUGCACUCCAGCCUGGGUAACAAGAGCAAAACUCCGUCUCAAAAAAAAAAAAAAAAAAAAAAAAAAAAAAAAAAAGGCAUUCAACCACUCUCAACUUGCUCCUGACAGUGCAGUGCAUCCAUAGUUAAUGCUGGCUUCAUUCCUGUUUGAUUACCAUGUUAUUCACAAACCACAGAGCAUGAAAGUGCCCCACACCUUCUAUGAAACAGUCUCUCUGCUUUCCAGAAGCUCGAAGAAACAGCUCUAUACUUGAUGCAUAGAACAUGUAGAUCAAUGAGAAGAAAAAAAAUAGAUUCCUAGAACAGGAUGGGAACAUAGGCUGUUCUUAUGCAACCUUCUUAUAUUUCACAGGGGAAAACAGGGGCCCUGUGAACUGACUUAUUCAACACCACACAGUGAAUUACUGGCAGUGUCAGGAACUCUCACUUGGGUUCUAAUUUUCUGACUACCUGCACUCCUCAGUUAUUAGUCCAGCUGGUGCACAGUGGUGCAGGUGUUACAGUUGUUAAAAUACUAAAACACUACCAGACUGACUCAUCAACAGGUGUUCCCUUGCACCUCCUUAGUGCUUCCUUUAUGCCCCAUCCCUCCUGGCUCCUCUCUGAGCACCUAGCCCUUACCUGUGGUCCAGUCACUAAAGGAGGAACACCUCAGGGACUCUGGAACCCUAUUCCUGUAAUAUGGUACUUAGCAUCAUUGGUCAGGCCAUGUCAUAUUGGUGUUAAAUAUUUCAGCCAUCAGUCCCUUAUUCUUUCUACUGUACAUACUCUCAAAUUAUGCAAAGGUUGUGCAUUUCAAAUGUGAAUGGAACGCUUGUCAAUUUGAGACAUGAAAAUCACCAGGGCUUAUGUGAUAGUGUGGUCAGAAUAUUACAAGAUCUUUCUGUGGCCUUGCUUUCCACGGUUUGUUAACUUUGUUCCUCACUUUCAGAAUUCACCAUGCUAUAACAGAAAGGGUCGGUUAUACAAAGUGUGAAAUUUCUUUUCUUUAUAACCAAUAAUAAAACA